AAAUUCGAGAAGAAUAAGAAGAAGUAUUUCAACUGUUUUUUUCUCCUCUAAGCAGUUGGUGUUCAACCGUUCACGUGAGAUAUCUCACAACAGAAGCUGAAGUUGAAACAAUGGCGCGUUAUGAAGAAGUGAAGGUGCGCGGCUAUGAGGAGUUCUGUAAGGCGGUGUCAGAGAGAAAAGGAAAGGAUAUUUUUGCUUAUUUUUCAGGUGAUAAAGACGCUGAGGGAAAGAGCUGGUGUCCAGAUUGUGUUAAAGCUGAGCCAGUUGUUAGAGGAGAGCUGAAUCAUCUUCCUGAAGGCUCAGUCUUCAUCUACUGCCAAGUUGGAGAUAGACCUUAUUGGAAGGAUCCAAACAAUGACUUCAAGAAGACCCUGAAGUUGACGGGAGUUCCCACUUUGCUGCGAUAUGGCACACCUCAGAAGCUAGUGGAGGAAGAUCUCUUCAAACCAGACCUGGUGAAGAUGAUGUUCACAGAAGACUGAAGGAUCCUUGGCUUAUUUGAUCGUUUAUAAAGAAGCUAAUAUUUCUUUAUUAAUUACCAGUUUACACGGUUCAGUUCAAGCACUUAAAAAUCAUCCAAUGUUGAUAUCUGAAUGUUUUCAAUGCAAACAGGUAAUUGUCAGCUGUGCAUUACCUAAACCAAUAACCAGCCUCUGACAUGCAGCUCUGUAUUGGGCUACACUGAAAGAAAAGUUUGCUACCUGAUUAUUUUGUGCAAUCAAUAAAUACUUCAUUGUAUAGAAAUACACACAU